AUGCUAUUAAUUUUGUCAACUAAAUUUUUGCUAAUAAUUUGUGUGACUUUAUUAGUGACUAUAUGUGAGGCUCAAUAUUAUAACCGUUAYGCCGAUGCCGGUCCUGCAUAUCACACGUCACGCCAGUUGCCARCAUCGGAAUCAUCGUCAUCAUCGAGAAUAGGACAGUUGUUUCGGUCACCAGUGCCUCGACAACGACAUGUUGAACGGGAUAUCUAUCGCAACGAUGAGUCGUCACUGGCGGCACCCUAUAUGAGACAAAGGGCUUCUCCGCCUACAGUCUCACAUAUUUAUGAUUAUAAACCCAACGGUUAUCGGGAAAGUGUACAYUGGAAUAGAGAUUAUCCUCUCAAAGGGGUCGAGUAUGUCGACGAUGACGGAUAUAUAGAUAGGGAUAUUAAAAUACCCGACAAAUUUCUUGGUGAUAGUGAACAUCGGCACCGGGAGAGUGACAAACAUUAUGAAAAAGAUCAUAAAGAAGGAGCGGCUAAAAAAUUUGCUACAAUUAACAAACACUCUGAUAGCGGUCACAAAGAGGCCGAAGURUCCAAAUUAGGUGGUUUCAAGAACAAGUAUGCAGAGGGACGUAAGGAACUGGAUCACGAAAAGAGUGGCAAUUUUGGCGAAUACUCUCACGACAGGGGACAYGGGUUUGUCAAGUCGUGGUCGUGGGACAGGGCUAAUGCCAAACACGGAGCCGCAGCCGAAAUGACAAAAAAACUGGCCGAAGGAAAGGCUGGAGAUAAGGGAGGAUAUGUGUCAGUGAAGGCCAAGGGUAGCGAAGCGCACGACAAAAACGGUUUGACGUCUGCCGCCGGUGCGGCCGGUUAUGCAAAGGCCGGUCGUGUGGAGAGUAGUGAGAAAUCGGAAAACACUGGCAGUAAGGCUGACUAUGAUCAGGAGUUUCCUAUUUUUGGUUAA